UUGGGGGCGUGACAGGUUUGGUGGGAGUUUUCGCGGGAAAUAUGGUGGGUGGAGUCGAAUACAAACAAAACAAAGAUGGCCUCAGCUUCAUCUUAUUCUUUAUCUUCUGGCAGAACUGGUGAUCUUAAGAACAACAUGAUAAAGUUAUUGAGGGAACUCGAACGUAUGAAACUCUCAGUUGAGCCUAACAUCAAAAGUCUAUCUCAAGGUGUCCCUUCUGCUUUCCUUCCUCUUCUUCAUGCAGCACUGAUGGAUUAUUCACUACCUCUGGCCAAGCACAUUGCAUCAAUGGAGAUUGACCUGUACAGCAAAAAUGACCUUAAAUUUGUAGAUGGACUUUAUAAGGUUAUGAGAGAUGUCUUUGAGUAUCGGCCUCAAUUGUCACGUGAUAAAUUCCUCUCCGAUGGGUUUGCCGAAAGGAAGAUCAUCCUCUCCUGUGACGUGCUCCAUCAUUGCCAAAGAAUGCACUUAAAGCUCACUGGAACCAGUAAAAACCCCAGACCCCUCACAAGGGGUCCUAGGAAUAAGCUAAUUACCAGUACUAGCGUCCAUACAUUAUCUGAUUCGGCCGGUAUUGGAAACUAUUGGCAAGAAAAACAAUCAAGCCUAGUGACAUUAAGCCGGAGGGAAGACUACAUUCCACCCUCACCACCUCAAACUCCAUCUCUCUCACCCUCUAUUGGACUCCAGCUGCUAACUGACCCUUCUCUUGACAUAACUCCACUUCAAACGCCUUUAAAAUAUCAACCAUUAGCUCCUCUGGCUGCUAGAAAAGAAGAGACACAGCCCAGAGAAGAGUCAGACAUAACUGGCCCUGUGAAGGAGAAGGAGCAAGAGCUACAGCUUAGAGGAAGUGUCCAACCAAACCUUAUCACUAGUACUAGCAGUAACGAAGAAGCUCCACUUCCAGUGAUUAUAAAGGAAGGUCCUCAGCUAAUGGAGACACCUCUUACUGGAUGUGAGCCACUGGACAAGGAGAAUGUAAUACCACAAUAUAACUGUGGAUCUGAAAAAAGAACUAAGAUAUAUAAAGAUAGGCCACUAAUGGAGUCUAAUGUAGAUAUUUCAAGUGAGCACAACUCUAGGAGUGGUGCCUUGCUAAAUGAGAGCUUACCAAAGUCAAUGUCUACAGCAUCUGUUGAUGUAAAUCUAAUGUUAGAUAAGAUGACUCAUUUGUCUGAGACUGUUCAUACUCUCAGUGCUAGAUUAGUCCUACUUGAAACACAGCUUAAAAUUAAAGACACAAAAACUACAUCAGUUUGUCAUAUUGGUACCCAAACUGAAGAUCAACACCAUCCCAUCCUGUCACAAGAAACAGAGACACUGCUGGACCCCACCCUGUCACCAGUAUCAACCCCAACUCUCUCUCCUUCUCCUACCAACUUUACAAGUUCUCAUAGCUCAAGCAGACUUCUACCUGUUGCUGCUACAAGUCCACACAGUACAAGUGACUCAUUAUUAGCAACUGCUCCACAAACUCCUGAGGAUACAAGGCAACUCAUUCAAAGCUUGAGGGCUAGAGCACGCUCUACGAAAGAACUGCUGCACAAAACAGGCCAUGCAGCUUCUCAUGAUGAUAGUAUAUAGACCUUUACAUGAAAUCAUUUUAAAACAGAAUUAUAUACAACUCUA